AUGAUACCAUUACAUCUAUCAUACUUCUAUUACUGGCAGUACUGUCACCCCCACCCCACUCUACCACCUCCACCACUGACACUCCUACCUCCCCCAACACCCCUCCCCUAUCUACCUACCCCAUCUGAGGCAUCUCAGGUGUCGCCCCCACCCUACUCUACCACCUCCACCACUGACACCCCUACCUCCCCCAACACCCCUCCCCUAUCUACGUACCCCCAUCUGAGGCAUCUCACGUCUUGCCCCCACCCCACUCUACCACCUCCACCACUGACACCCCUACCUCCCCCAACACCCCUCCCCUAUCUACCUACCCCCAUCUGA